UCCCCCUCUAUAUUCCCUUCCAUGCUCUUUCACAGGCUGGGUGACGUCACUGGCCGUGUCUCAGCUUCAGCACCACGGAGAGCGGCAGCUUCUCCCUUCCCAUCCCUCCCAUUCUUCCAUCUGACCAUCCAUCCAUCCUGAUAGCCCAUAGGAGGGCACACAGAGCCACAGGCCUGCAGGAGGAGGUGGGGAGGGGUCCUGGCUGCUGGAGAGAAGCCUGCAGGCCUGCUAGUGGAGGUGGCUAAUCCUUUGUGGGAUUAGGGCAGUUUUUAUGGAACCAAGCUUCAUCCAGUCGGCCAUGGCUUUAGGCUUGCCAUCUAAGAAGGCUUCUUCAAGGAACAUUGCUGUGGAGAGGAAAAAUUUGCUCACUGUCUGCAGGUUUUCAGUGAAGACUCUCCUGGAGAAAUACACAGCUGAGCCGAUCGAUGAUUCCUCAGAAGAGUUUGUGAAUUUUGCUGCAAUUUUGGAACACAUCCUGAGUCACCGAUUCAAGGUUUGUUGCCUUUUAGGUCAUGUUAGCUGGUUUAGCACAGAUGGGCAGAGAGGAUUCUGGGACUAUAUCCGUAUCGCCUGCAGCAAAGUUCCCAACAACUGUAUCAGCAGCAUUGAAAACAUGGAGAACAUUAGCACAGCCAGAGCAAAGGGUCGGGCCUGGAUACGUCUUGCACUGAUGGAGAAACGCCUUUCAGAAUACAUUGUUACUGCACUAAGAGACACCAGAACCACCAGGAGGUUUUAUGACGAUGGUGCUAUUUUACUACGAGAGGAGUCAUCUGUCCUCACUGGGAUGUUGAUAGGCCUUAGUGCCAUUGACUUCAGCUUUUGCCUGAAAGGAGAAGGGAUUGAUGGCAAAACUCCAGCUGUCAUAGACUACACUCCAUACUUAAAGUUUACACAAAGUUAUGAUUACCUAAGUGAGGAAGAGGACCGAGAAAGUGUAGGUGGCAGCAGCAGCGAGGACAGCUCUCCCGAACACCCCUACAUACCACUACUAACAGACGAGGAGAGCUGGUACACCAAGUGGCGUAAGAUGGAACAGAAGUUCCGUAUUGUCUAUGCACAAAAGGGAUAUCUAGAAGAGCUGGUCCGCUUGCGGGAGUCUCAGCUGAAGAAUCUAGAAGCUGAGAACAAGAGACUGACUCAGAGGAUCCAGGAGCAGGGAGAGCAAGGCAUGCAGGAGAAACACCAGCUGGAGGGAGUCAUCCUAGAACUGCAGGAACAGCUCACUGGCCUACUCCCUUCUGAAAAUGUCCCCAUCAAACAGUUCAACUCAAGCAUUGGGGCCCCUCUGGUUAACCAGUGGCCCUCCCUGGGCACCCUUAAUGAUAACGAGACAUCUGUUAAACCCACGCUGUACAGGAGACACAGCUAUCUGAGCACAGAUCACCUUUCAGCUGAGCUGAGUCUGAGCUCCGAAUCCCAGAGGGCAGAUGGAAAGCAGGACGGGGAGCCUUGGGGUCCUAUUGGUAAGGACCCCACCCCUUCCAUGCUGGGUUUGUGCGGUUCCCUGGCCUCUAUCCCCAGCUGUAAAUCUCUGCCAAGCUUGAAAUCCAACGAAUGCCUUGUCAGUAAUAGCAGUGAGACAAGUCCUGCUGGAAGCCCCAGCUGAGGUCUUCCAAACACAGGUCACAAUCAAUGCAUUAUGUCACGACCACCACAGGAGAAGCUCAGUUUAUCUCAUGAUAUAACGUCUCGCCAAGUUAACUUUUCUUCGGCCAAUUGCAUAACUCCCAAUGGUGGUCUAAUAAGGAAUAUACAAGGACUAAAAAAACAAAAACAGCACAGCAUAUAAUCCAUCGCCCAACAGUGAACCAAUACACCCCAAUAUAGC